UUAGCAUUAGGACAAGAAUUACCAGUAUUAUUAAAACAAGAAUAUACUAGUGAUAUAAAUUAAUGAAUGGUUACUUGUUCCAUGACCACGGACCUAGAGAAAUUGGAUAUUCUCAUAUUUAUAAUCUGUCAUUUCUCAUUUUCAGGAGGAACCCUGAAUGAACACACAAAAGAGAGAGAAGAGACGACAUGACUGUCACUCUUCUCUUCAUUACCUACUGCUUAUAGUUUUUCAACGGCUUGAUUACAGCUGCUUGUAGCUUUCAAAUGUUAGUUCUCAGCAAGGGACAGAGCACCACCCACCUUUGCUACUGCUACCUUUUGAAUAUCUCUUGAAUCACUUUUGCUUUUUUUCCUAUAAUCUAAUAGUACAAAAAACGAACGAUUAUCGUAGAAGCAGAAUCAAAGUCGUCUUCUUAACUUUUACCCUCUAAUUCCGAUUCCCAACUCCCACGCAAUCUUUUCUCCACCUCAUUCCUUUCAAAAGAACACCCUAAGAACCUCAUCAUCAACGUAAAAGAACUGGAUAAAAAACAUGGUUUCUUUUUCCCUCAUUUCCACGUUUCUAAUACUUUUAUUUUCUUUCACUAUCUUCCAUCACUCUCUCGCAGGGUUUUUAGCUCAACCGGUUUCCGGUCACCUUCAGCCGUUAAAACCUGGAGACUACUCAUCACCAAACACGGUCCCUGCAUUUCCAGUUCAAACCCAAGCUCAAGUUUGCCGUCUCGACCUGUCAGCCGAGCUAUUCGGCGGCGUCAGCGACGCCUGUAGCCACAACCUGGACAGAAGCCGCUGCUGUCCCGUGUUAGCAGCUUGGCUCUUUGCAGCUCACGCCAGGUAUGCUUUGGAAGUCUCAUCUCCUGCUCCAGUGGAAUCGGAGCAGCCUGAGCAGCCCAUGAGGCCGGAUGAUUCACAAAAGUGUGUGAACUCGUUGCAAAACGCAUUGUUAAGCAAGCGCGUGAGGAUUCCUCAGCCAAACGCGAGUUGCGAUGCGAUUCUAUGUUUUUGUGGGAUAAGGCUACAUCAGAUUAGUUCCCUGAGUUGUCCCGCGGCGUUUAAUGUUUCCGGGUUGAGAAACGCGACACCUACUGCUGCCGUGAAGAAUUUGGAGAGGAAUUGCAGGAACGCUUCUUAUGCUGGGUGUACCAAAUGCCUCGGUGCUCUUCAAAAGCUCAAAGGCGGAUACAGCAACAACGGAACACAAGACAGCAGCACGAGCGAGAGAGCCAACAAGAUGUUCAACCGAGACUGCCAGCUCAUGGGGCUGACGUGGCUCCUUGCACGCAACAAAACGGCGUACAUACCUACCGUUUCAGCCGUCCUGCGGGCCAUAAUGUACAGUUCGCACCCUCACGAGUCCAAGUGCAGCCCAGAUCAAGAGAACAUGCCCUUAGCCGUUGAUUCUCUGCAGUUCGACAAGGCCCAAUCAUCAGCACCGCCAUCACCCUCGUGGGCAUCUUUUACGUUCCCGGUUUUGCCCCUUAUCAUUUUGGUUUCACUGUUUGGGUAGCGUCGGAGAGGAGGUGGUGACCGAGUGGCACUGUGCUUUUUGCCAAUUGCCUCUUACUAAUUUUUUCUAGUCCUCUUGGACUGUCGGGGAUUCACGUGAAGCUUUUGGACUUAGCAGACAAAUAAAAGCAGGCUAAUAAGGAAUCGUUUUUGUCUUUUUGCCCACUGUAAAUUUCAGCUCGUUUUCAGGUUUGUUUGACGUAUUACGUAGCAGAC